AUUAUUAGUCGUAGCUUAUAAUUCAAGCAUAUUAUUAAAAUGAAAGAAGAAGAAGAGGGUGGCGAAGCACCACACAUACGCCGAUAAAUGGCUAACGACCAUUGUUAACAGCUUUUGGAAACGAACAACCAGAGACAAUACAACUGCUCCAGAAGACAAAGGUAAACCUUAAUAUCGAUCGGUAUGAGUACUCAGGCGACGGGUGCUUCUUCAACAUCAGGGAGGAGGAGCACCACCACUGUACGGCGAGCCUCCAAGAAAUCAGUUCAAUCGGAGAACGGAAGCGUCGUCAAUGGCGGGAACACCUCCAAGCCAAACUCACCUCCUUCUCAGCUUCCCUCUAGCGUUGAGAGAACAGUUAAGAAGCUUCGGUUAUCGAAAGCUCUCACUAUCCCGGAAGGAACCACUGUCUUUGACGCUUGUCGGAGAAUGGCUGCUCGGCGUGUGGACGCUGUUCUCUUGACUGACUCAAGUGCGCUUCUCUCAGGGAUUUGUACAGACAAGGACGUAGCUACGAGAGUGAUUGCUGAAGGGUUGAGACCGGAACAGACUUUGGUCUCUAAGGUUAUGACAAGGAACCCUAUCUUUGUUACCUCUGAUUCAUUGGCUAUUGAAGCGCUUCAGAAGAUGGUUCAAGGGAAGUUUAGGCACUUGCCUGUUGUGGAGAAUGGUGAAGUCAUUGCUUUGUUGGAUAUCACUAAGUGUUUAUACGAUGCUAUUUCGAGAAUGGAGAAAGCUGCAGAGCAAGGAAGUGCUUUAGCUGCUGCUGUUGAAGGUGUUGAGAAGCAGUGGGGAGCUGGAUACUCUGCGCCCUAUGCUUUCAUCGAGACGUUGAGGGAGAGAAUGUUUAAGCCUGCAUUGUCAACGAUUAUCACUGAGAAUUCAAAAGUUGCGCUUGUGGCACCAUCAGAUCCUGUCUCCGUUGCUGCCAAAAGGAUGCGGGACUUGCGUGUUAACUCUGUGAUCAUCUCCACGGGGAGCAAGAUCCAGGGGAUACUGACUUCAAAGGACAUUCUUAUGCGUGUCGUGGCGCAGAACUUAUCUCCUGAGCUUACUCUUGUUGAGAAGGUGAUGACACCGAACCCUGAAUGUGCGUCGCUAGAGACGACUAUUCUUGAUGCGUUGCAUAUAAUGCAUGAUGGGAAGUUCUUGCAUCUUCCAAUCAUGGACAAAGACGGUUCCGCUGCAGCUUGUGUGGAUGUGUUGCAGAUAACUCACGCAGCUAUUUCAAUGGUUGAGAACAGCUCUGGAGCUGUGAACGACAUGGCUAACACCAUGAUGCAGAAGUUCUGGGACUCGGCUCUUGCGUUAGACCCUCCUGAAGAUUCAGACACUCAAAGCGAAAUGUCGGCGAUGAUGCAUCAUUCAGAGCUUGGCAAGCUCACUUCUUACCCUUCUCUAGGGCUAGGGAACUCGUUUUCUUUCAAGCUCGAAGAUCUCAAGGGCCGUGUGCAUCGUUUUACUUCUUCCGCUGAGAACCUUGAGGAGCUGAUGGGUAUUGUGAUGCAAAGAAUCGGUAGUGACAUCAACGAUGUGGAACAACGGCCUCAGAUUAUAUAUGAGGAUGAUGAAGGUGAUAAGGUUUUGAUUACAUCGGAUAGUGAUUUGGUUGGUGCUGUUACUCUUGCUAGGUCUGCAGGACAAAAGGUAUUGAGGCUGCAUCUGGACUUCACGGAGACAAGAACAAGGAGCUUGAGCUUGGAAACGGGUCAACUCAUGAAAGAGAAUAAUACUACAGAGAGAGAAAGAGGUGGAUGGGUUACAUGGCGUGGUGGUGUGGUGGUUACAGGAGCUGUUGUGCUAACGAGCAUAGCCGUAGUUGUUUACUUGAAACGCUCAAAGAUGUGAUCAAAAGCUCUCUGGAAGGCAUAAGUCUUUUUCUUUUUCUUUCUAUUUUGGUAUGUUUCAUACAGAUUUGUCUCUUUUGUCAUACGAAAAGAGAAACUUUAUUUCACUACAGAUAUUUAUUAAAUUAUUGGGGGACACACCCCUAUUCAGAAGAGAUUAUUAGAUUUGACAGAGCUGAUGUAAAACCUCUGAAACCGAGAAAAUAAAAGCAGGGAAUGUUGUUGCACUGCAA